GAGGGAGGAAUUCGUACACCUCAAAUCAUUCGAUGGCCAAAUAUGAUCAGUCCGAACACGCAAACAAAUUUCAUCACAACAUUCGCCGAUUUUCUUCCUAGUGUAGCUGAAUUAGGUGGUGUACAAUUGUUACCGAGGGAUAUCGAUGGUAUUUCAAUUGUUCCAAUAUUAUUAAACAAUAGCUUUGUGCAGGAUGUACACAACUAUAUUUAUUUUGAGUUUUGUACGAAUCAUGAAUGGGGCAAUGCUGUUCGUUAUAAACAAUGGAAGCUAGUUCGUUUUAGUGUAGAUAAACCUUAUCAGUUGUUUGAUCUAGACAAUGACAUUGGCGAAAAAUAUGAUUUAUCUCUACAGUAUCCAAAACUUGUUAAACAACUCGUCAAAUUUGCUAAAAAAGCUCAUACGAAUUCCAUACCAUUUCCGAUUCAAAAUUGUGUAGAGAGUAUUUUACAUUAA